AUGUCGAGCCUUUCUCCCGACCCUUCUGCCUCCCCCGAUGCUCAACCGUCCUCUUCGUCUCCUGCAGAAACAACCACGUCCUCGCCUGCGCAUGAGUCUCAACUGCCACAAUCGCUCGGUCCGCAAAGAACCGACACGAACACCGCAAUGAUUCAGUCUAUGAAUCCACCUUCACCGUCUGCUGCAGUCGCCGAACCCCAGCAGAAAGUGUCAAGGCAGUUUUCUACCUCGAUUGGCCCUUCCUCAGACGAGACGUCACCAACAGUUCCUGCCAAAGACGAAGCACCUGCACCAACCGCUAUAGGGCCAGCGUUGACGGUGACCCUGCUCCUCACCUCAGGAGCACGGCAUCCCUUCAAGCUAGACAACAAAUAUUUCGCCAAGCGCAACGUCGAGGUUCCGGAAAAUGACCCGUUUAACCUCAGUGUCUACAAGCUGAAGGAAUUGAUUUUGCGCGAAUGGCGGGAAGAGUGGGAGACAAAACCGUCCAGUCCGACAUCUAUCCGGCUGAUAAGUAUGGGCAAGCUAUUGGAUGAUAAAGCCUCCCUAAAAGAUUACAAGUUCUCCGUCGACGCACCGAAUGUGCUGCACAUGACAAUCAAACCCCAAGACUAUGUCGAAGAAGACGACGCCAAGGGCGGCAAAUCCACAUACUCAGCACACCGCGAGGGCGAGGGCAGAAGCCCCGGCUGUCGUUGCAUCAUCAUGUGA